CCAAUUAUGAUAUACAAAUACAUCCCACAAGAGUUUCAAAUUUCUAUUCUUAGCUUCAAGAUUGACAUUCAGCUGCAUUGUGUUCAAUAAGAUACAUGGAUUGUUUUCCUGUAAAAAAGGAAAAAAAGAAAAAAGAAAAAAGAAAAGAAAAGAGAGAGAGAAAUAUGGCGUAAUGCAAUGACACAAUACACCGCUUAGUAAUAAAGAGAUUUCAGAUUCGUUUUUCCGAUCAAUGGGGCUGCUCUUUGUUAGUUUUGUAUAACCUUGGAAUUAUAUUAUAGAUCACAAGAGUAAAGAAUGGACAGAGAGAGAGAGAAGGAAGAGACUGACUUUUCGUGUAACAGCAGAACUGAUUUUUCUCCAAGAUCUUCCUUCUUCCCCCCCUUUGGACCCGGGACCAUCCUUCCCUUUAAACCCCAAAAAAAGCUCAGAAUAAUUCUCCACAAAAAAAGAAAAAAAAAAUUUGUUUUUGCCAGUGAUUGCACUUCUCAUCAUUCUCAUCAUCACAUCAUCAAUUCAUUGCCCCCUGUGAGGUUCUGUUCAAACUGUUAGAAGAAAGCACAUCAUGACAUUGCUCAAUCCCAUUAUGAUUAAUGAAUGAGAGCUAGCUUCUGAGGUUGAAUCUAUUCGUUCAUGGCGUCCAUGAAGUUGGGGUCCAAAUCUGAAGUCUUCUUCCUCGACGGCCUCACCUGGUUCUGCUCGAAAGGGCUUCCGAGUGAUAUAAUCAUCGAUGUCGGUGACACGUCCUUCCAUCUACACAAGUUUCCGCUGCUAUCACGAAGCGGACUGCUAGAACACCUCAUUGAAGAGCACUCGAAAGAAGACGAGAAGAAGGGCAGGAUUCGUCUCGAUGACAUCCCAGGUGGGGCCAAAACUUUCCUACUCGCAGCCAAAUUCUGCUACGAGGUCCAAAUUGAGCUCACUGCAUUGAACGUCGUAAGCCUACGAUGCGCAGCAGAGUAUCUUCAAAUGACCGAAGAUUACAUCGAGUCAAACCUCAUCUCUCAAACAGAACACUUUCUUGAUGAGGUACUCUCCAACUGGGCCGACUCACUUCGGGUUCUUGAGGCCUGCGAGGAGGUCUUAUUGCAGGCAGAGGAGCUCCACAUUGUCUCAAGAUGCAUCGCUUCCUUGGCAUCCAAGGCUUCUUGUACUGACCCGGCUCUGUUUGGUGAACCCACGUCAGGCCCCUUCUGGAAUGGGAUAACCACGGAAUUGAAGCCUGAUACUAUGACUGAUAACUGGUGGUAUGAAGAUGUCUCAUCCCUUAACCUACCUCUCUACCGGAGAUUAAUCCUAGAAGUUGGGACCCGUGGGGUGAAACCAGAGAAGAUCUCGGGGUCGAUCAUGCAUUAUGCAAACAAGCAUCUUCCCUUAGCUGGUCGGCAACCGAGCAAUCGAUCAUCAGACGGUCCCGUGUCAUCGGACGAAGAUCGGAGGAACCUUCUUGAAGAGAUAGUAGACUUGCUUCCCCGGGAGAGGGGUGUCACCCUAACCAAAUUCCUCCUCAACCUUCUGAGGACUUCGAUGAUGUUACAUGCAAGUGAAGUUUGUCGGGAAAACUUGGAGAAGCUCAUCGGGGCCCAGUUAGACCGGGCUCUUCUUGAGGACCUUCUGAUACCGAACAUGGGAUAUUCAUCGGAAACUCUAUAUGAUAUCGACUGUGUUCAGAGGAUGCUCGAUCAUUUCAUGGCAUCAGAGGGUGAAGAGAAUCCUCUUCCACCUUCCUCAAACUGCGAUGAGGGUCAACUUGUUGAAGGCUCAGACUCCCUGACUCCAAUGACAAUGGUGGCGAAUCUCAUUGAUAGCUACCUGGCUGAGGUGGCGCCCGAUGUUAACUUAAAGAUUGCUAAGUUCCAGUCCCUUGCAGUGGUUAUCCCGGACUAUGCCAGGCCGUUGGACGAUGGGGUUUAUCGCGCAAUUGAUAUUUAUCUCAAGGCACAUCCUUGGCUUAUAGACUCCGAGAGGGAACAAAUCUGCAGGCUCAUGAACUGCCAGAAGCUUUCGCUAGAAGCGAGCACACAUGCGGCCCAGAACGAGAGAUUACCUCUCCGGGUAAUUGUGCAAGUUUUGUUCUUCGAGCAGCUCCGCCUCCGAACCUCCAUCGCCGGCUGGUUCUUUGUCUCGGACAACAUGGAGAACUCCCAGAACCCUGGUGGCAAUCUCGGGAUUACAAGGACUGACAGAAUUGAAGAGGUGAGAGAACGGGUCUCCGAGCUCGAGAAGGAGUGCCUGAGCAUGAAGCAGGAUCUGCAGAAGCUGGCAAAAGCUAAAGGGAGCUGGAACCUUUUCUUCAGGAGGUUCGGGUUCAGGCAGAAGCCACGGGACCCGAAACAGGCAAGGCCCAAAGAACCGAAACCAUCGAAGCCAUCAAACCCAAAAGUAUCCGCUGCUCCAACAGAGGAUGGAAAACAGAAUCAUCAAAAUGGUAAAUUGGAAGAUUAGAUUUUUCUUGACCAGCUUUUCCGGGAGUCUUUUUAUUUUCCUGCUAAAUUUGCCAGGUAAUGAAUUUCAUUUUUCCUUUUGGUUCGA